UAACCUCAUUUUUAGCCUAUUUACCUGGAUGAUGUCCGACUAAUUAAGGUACACGCAUGUAAAGCAAAUCAGAUUGAUUAAACAAAUGGCCUUCUUGAUUCCAUCAGGCCGUCCACGAGCUCCGCACUAGCCUCUUGUUUAACGAAAAUCCUAGACUUACGGGCAAAUAGUCACGAAAAAGGCGUACGGGACUACGUGUCGCCACAUUAAUCUCCCCCGUCCCUCUGACUUCAACUGCGGGCUCCCCUGAUAUUCAAUCGGCCGUACACACAUCAGCCUGUAGGUUGUAGUCCAUAGAAUUGAGUCCGUAACUGUAGCAAAACUCCUUGUUUAAUCCCACGCUGUAGGCAAGCUCCAGCCAGUCCACGAGCGCCAGACCACCGUUCCCCCAUCGCGUCACCGUCGCUGACCUCCAAGAUCCAUCCAUGGCGGACGCCGGGACGCUCUCCUACCUGCCCCUCUCGCUCGCCACGGCCCUCUUCUUCGUUCUCCUCCUACUCCUCACCAAAAGCAGGCGCGAGCGCGGCCUCCGGCUGCCGCCGAGCCCGCCGUCCCUGCCGGUCAUCGGCCACCUGCACCUCUUCAAGAAGCCGCUCCACCGCGCGCUGGCCAACCUCGCCGCGGCACACGGGCCGGUGCUGCUCCUCCGCUUCGGCUCCCGCCGCGUGCUCCACAUCACCGACCCGGCAGCCGCCGAGGAGUGCCUGACGGCUCACGACGUGGUCUUCGCCAACCGGCCCCGGCUACCCUCAGCGCGGCACCUCUCCAACGGUUACACCACGCUGGGCUCCUCCAGCUACGGCGCCAACUGGCGCAACCUCCGCCGCAUCGCCACCGUCGAGGUGCUCUCCGCGGGCAGCCUCCUCCGCUCCGCCGCCGUCCGCGGCGACGAGGUCCGCCUCGCCGCGCGCCGCCUCUUCCUCGAGGCUGCCGCCGACGGGGCGUCGGAGCCGAGCCCCGCGCGCGCCGACGUGAAGGCGCGGGCGUUCGAGCUGGCGCUGAACGUGGUGGCGCGGAUGAUCGCCGGGAAGCGGUACUACGGCGGCGAGGGGGACGUGCCGGAGUCGGAGGCGGAGGAGGCCGCCAGGUUCCGGAAGAUGGUGCGCGAGUACUUCGCGAUGCACGGCGCGUCCAACCUGCAGGACUUCCUGCCGGUGCUCGGCGUGCUGGACAUCGGCGGCGCCAGGCGGCGGGCGGUGCGGCUGGCCCGGAAGCGCAACGAGUGGGCGCAGCGGCUCAUCGACGAGCACCGCGCCUCCUUCGACGAUGGCAAGGGGAAGAGCCGCGGCGGCCGGACGAUGGUCGGCGACCUGCUGGACAUGCAGGCGGCCGAUCCGGAGGCGUACAGCGACAAGGUCAUCAGAGCGCUCUGCCUGAGCAUCCUUCAAACCGGCACGGACACCUCGUCGAGCACCAUCGAAUGGGGCAUGGCAGAGCUUCUGAACCACCCAAACGCCAUGGCGAAGGCAAGGGUGGAGCUCGACGAGGUCGUCGGCACGGGGCGCCUCAUGGAGGAAGCCGACCUUCCCAGCCUGCCCUACCUCCAGUGCAUCAUCACGGAGAUCCUCCGGCUGCACCCAAUCGCCCCGCUCCUCGCCCCACACGAGUCCUCCGCCGCCUGCUCCAUCGCAGGCUACGACAUCCCAGCGGGAACCAUGCUCCUUGUCAACAUCCACACGAUGCACAGGGAUGCGCGUGUGUGGGAGGAACCGGCAAGGUUCUCGCCAGAGAGGUUUGAAGGCGGGAGGGGCGAGGGAAAGUGGAUGCUGCCAUUCGGAAUGGGGCGGAGAGGGUGCCCAGGGGAGGCGCUCGGCGUGAAGAUGGUCGGGCUCGCGCUGGGCACGCUGGUGCAGUGCUUCGAGUGGAGGAGGGUCGGCGACGAGGAGGUUGACAUGGCUGAAGGGUCAGGGCUGACCAUGCCCAUGGCUGUACCUUUGGAGGCUUUGUACUGGCCUCGUGCAGAGAUGACACCGGUGCUAAGGGCACUCUAGGAAAGGAACACGGGCUGUUCAUUUCUGAGAAAAUUCACUAAUAAAAGCACAAUUUCGGGAGGCAGGAGAAUCAGGAAGUUACCUUUGGUAUCAUCAACUGCUCUUAAUCACAAGCAGACCAUGUAGAAUGUAUACCCCAGCACGAGUGGUUCUUAGUUCGUACCAGAUCACAAGAUGAUCAUGUAGAAUGGAUGUUCCGCAUCAGUAUUUCUUAGUUCGUACCA